UGUUGGCUGGUCAACCUGUCCGGUCUUCCAGAUGGGUUCUAUGGCCUAGACUUGCUACAAGAGCACAAUGUUAAAGCAGUAAAGAGCACAUUCAAAGUCAGUGGGCCAGCAUCAAUGUGGGCAUACAUAGAGAAGAUUUCCCCAGCUAUCCCAGUCUUACAAGCAAUCAAUCUUCAUGUACAGAAGAUAAUUGUGGGGGUGAGCCAGGGAAAACAUCAC